AUAAAAUAAUAAAAUUCAAUGGAAAAAGGAGAACACGAUGAAGAGGAAGGCGAAAGGGAGGAAUAUUCAACCCCAAAGUCCUCCUCUAUUUUUGAAGACACUACAAGGGCCUUAACAUUCUCAGAAGCUGGAGAGUGUCUUCACACAUUGGGCAAAUGUGAUUCUGGACUUGGUUAUGCUUAUUUAGGUCUGAAUGCUUCUGAUAAAAAACUGACGGAUAUAAAGAUCAUACUCAUGUUCAAAUACGUGCUAUACGUGGACGUUUCCGGAAAUAGAUUGACCACCGAGGCUCUCGGUGUUCUAACCUCGAUGACAUACCUUCUAAUGAUUAAAGCUGACAAAAAUUUGGUAGAAUCUGCUGAACUGGACCCUAUGCCUUACCUUCAGGUGCUCACCCUGAACAACAACAAACUAAAGAGCACUUUGGGGAUUUCCCAUCAACUUCUUGAAUGCCUGGAACUAAAUUACAACAAUAUCGAAGAAGUCACUUUGAAUCCUUACGAUUUGACGAACCUAAAGAUUCUCGAGCUUCGUGGUAACAUGUUAACCACAACCAUUGGGAUAUUAUUCCCAGGACUGAGUCAUUUGUAUCUAGCGGAAAAUCAUAUUGAAAGGUUGGAAGGACUGGAAAUAUUGACCAACUUAAAGAUCUUACACCUGAGGAGUAACAAGCUAGUGAAUUUAGACGGUUUUGACUCGCGUUGUGGCAAGCUCAGUUAUUUGAAUCUACGAAACAACGAGCUGACGAAACUUUCAGAGUUAGAGAAAUUAAGUUGUCUACCAGCAUUGGAGACACUUAUUAUUUUGGAAAAUCCUGCGGUUGGUGAGCCAGCAGAAGAAGAGGAACCUGGUUACAGACAUAUUGCUUUAGCUAUGAUGCCUAAUUUAACACGACUUGAUAAAGAUACUGUGAGUUACCAGGAGAAGAAGGAUGCUAGGGAAUUUCGUAUACAGAUGGUCCGUGAUGGAACCACGUUUGAAGAUUUGGAUUUUAAUCCUCCAAACUAUUGAUAAACACUAUGUAAAAUGUUUCGAACUUUGUACCGUCGCAUGUGUUUUAAAAAAUUUUUACCUCCGUUUCUUAUCGUAUUUUCCUCGACAUUGCUAUAUCGUCUUACACGUUCCAUUACAUCCCACUUUUAGUCGCCUCUUACGACAGGCAGGGGUUACCGUGGCUGUAUUCUGA